AUGGGAGGAGAGAAGUGGAGGAAAAAUGCAGAAACCCACAAAAUGAGUCCGAAGGAAGUAAAAGCCACCGGAGUGGAGGGCUCCAAAAGGCCACCCAGAAACCACCCGGGCGGAAUACUGCACCAGAGGCGCACUUUUCCUUACAGCUAUACCACCAUGGCCAUUGGGGGCCUCCUUAUCGCUGGCGCCAUCGGAUACUUCACCUUAUACAUCAAGAAAAAACCUGAAGCCACCGCCGGAGACGUUGCCAAGGUGGCUGUGGGAGCCGCCAAACCUGAGGACACUCGGCCAAGGAAGUAGCUAGAUCGAGCUGCUAGUGGCUGUCUACGUGUGACGGUGUGAGGGUUUAAUUUGCUUGUAAAAAUGUUUGUUAAUUAUGUGGACUCUGCGCAGGUUUUUCUUGGGUAAAAGGAGAUGGACCAAAUACGUACUUUGUUCCAUACUCUGGACAUCGUCUCAUUAUAU